AGAUAAGACAGUUUUAAUAUGACCGUUUAACCGCUCAGUACACUUUUAACACAAGUUCUCUUAAAAGUAUUACAUGGAUUUUUUUCUUGAAAAUUAAAUCGGUCUUAGUGAAUUAAAGUAGUGCUAAGGAAUUAUGAAUUUUAUGAUUUCUUAAUUUUUUUGUCGAAAACAAGAAUAAGAUUUAAAAAGUUUGUGAUGAAUGCAAAACUAAUUCUCAUCCCAGUCUUCCUAAUUGGGUUAUGUGAGGCUCUGGUUGUUGACCAAGCUCUCCUAGAUUCGAUAUUCGUGAAAAAUUUUCAACCUGUAACAGUGGAUCCAUUUCUAAUAGAAUCGGUUUUUACAACUACAGAGGGUCCUGUUACGAGUUCAGCAGUUACACAAAAACCAGUUACACAUACACUAACUGGGAACUCAUAUCAGCCAUGUGGACCUACUAAGGCAUGUGUUCGUCAGUAUCUUUGCAAAAAUGGAAAAGUGAAUAAAGAUGGUGCAACUAUAUUUGAUAUUCGUAUUGAUCGUAGCCUGGAUGAUUCGAAAGACUUAUGUAAUAAUGCCUUGGAAACUUGCUGUGAUACUGGUGAAAUGGUAUCAAUGCCAAUUUUAAGCCAACCAACAUUAAUAGGCGGAUGUGGUUAUAGAAAUGCAAAUGGAGUUGGAAUCAAAAUCAAAGAAGCUGCUGACAACGAAGCUGAAUUUGGUGAAUUCCCAUGGAUGGUGGGAAUUUUGAACAAAACAAUUUUAAACGGCAAACUUCAAAGUGUUUUAAAAUGCGGAGGUUCUUUAAUAGCUCCAACAGUCGUUUUAACUGGUGGACAUUGUGUGUUUAACACAGAAGCCCAGAAUUUGGAAGUUAGAGCUGGUGAAUGGGAAUCUAAUUCAAAUGCUGAACCAUAUCCACAUCAGGAUAGACAAGUCGUGGAAAUAAUUGUACACGAAAGUUUUAAUGAUCGCAAUUUGCGCAAUAAUAUUGCUCUUCUUUUCCUCGAAACACCAUUCGAUGAAAUGCCUCACAUCAAUACUAUUUGUUUGCCACCAGCUGGUACAAAUUUUGACAUGUCACGUUGUUUUGCCUCUGGCUGGGGUAAGACGAAAUUCGGGAUCGGAAAAUAUCCAAAUAUUUUAAAGAAGAUUGAUUUGCCAGUUGUUUCAAAUGAUAAAUGUCAAAAUGAUCUAAGAAAGACACGUUUAGGAAGAUACUUUGAAUUGCAUUCCAGCUUUAUGUGUGCUGGUGGAGAACGUGACAAAGACACUUGCCAAGGAGAUGGGGGUUCACCUUUAGUUUGUCCAAUGGUAAAUACUCCCGAUCGAUACUAUCAGGUUGGAAUUGUUUCUUGGGGUAUUGGAUGUGGUGAUGAAAAUGUACCUGGUGUUUAUGCAAGUAUUCCAAAACUUCGUUCGUGGAUUGAUGAAAAAUUGACUUAUAAGAAUAUUGAUGCAGAGUUCUUUACACCAUGAAUUUGAAUAUCAUUUCAACUAAAAUCAUAACUUUUUUCACACAAUUCUAAAAUAAAUGUAAUUGCUUCUAAUAGCAUUGAAUGUUGUUUAAAAAAAAAUAAAGACUUGAAAUAAAUCGCUA